GGGUUGGGAAAGGCUGUUCCUUAUCGGACCGAUGGAAGUGACUGCCUGGACGGCUGGCUCAAUGGCCCUACCGAGAUGUGCGGGGUGAUUCCCGAUAUUAACGGUGGGUACACGAGCGGCAAGUCGGGAUGGGGUAUUCUUGGCAAGAAGGUGAGGGUGACCCCCCACUGGAGUCUGGGUACCGCUCUCGCGACGGUUGAGUUGUGCUUGAGGGGACCGCUAAUCAAUAAUGGCGAUGAGACGUGCCCGGAUGUCGCAACGACCCACGCACCCCCGGCCGCCCACGGAAAGCGGAGACGGAUGGGAGGUAUCACUCCCGGCAAGCUGCAGGAUCCGAGGGAUCGAUACGGAAUGGAGAGCCGUGACCUUGGGAAGAGACCAGGCGUUCAUGAUGGUGGAAUGUUUGCGGGAUGGCUAGGUAAAGAGAUGGCGUCGCAAGAGCAGAACGAUGGCCAACAGAGCAGAGGGAGUCAGGGUACGGAUAGGGACAAGGAAGGGAACGAGGGGUCAGAUCGAGAAUCAGCGAAGCGAGAGGGGACCAGAGAAGAUGGGAAGGGCCGCUCCACAGGGGAAAGCUCAAGGAAAGCUGGGGGUAGCAAAAGGGGACCGCAGGAAAAUAGAGAAGAAAGGGAGAACGAAAGGCCAAGCCCUCGGAACUCUGAAGGAACUACACCCAAGAAAACAAAAGUCUCAGACACACGUCGUAAGCUGGCAGAAAUUGAAAGGCGGACUGCUGAGUAUAAGGCAAGACUUAUGGAGCAAAUGAUGGUUGGGAAUGAGGGGGAUCCCCAGGGGGAAGGGUCACGAGAAGGACGUAGGACCAGUCAGGGUGAAGCCAGGUACGAAGCAAAAGAUAAUAGCCAUAGGGGAACACCCAGCAUGAAGGGACAAAAAAAGGGGGACUCACCGGCCAUAAAGGCAGAAAAGGCCACGACCCUGCCGGCUAUCGAUAGCGACGCUAGUCGUCUGCCCACCACGCCGAAGGUAAUGAAGGGAGGUGAUGGACUCUGGAGUCUCAAGGAGAGGGUAUUAGGCUGGUUUGAUCCGGAGGGUACACCAAAGGCUGUGGAAAAGCGAAAGGAAAGCAAUGAAGGAGAGGGGACUAGUGCGGUCGGAGAGGCGGGUAGCUCUGAAGGGGGACUCAAGAGGAUAGUAGUCACCCUCACCCGGGCGCUCAACAAGAAUCAGGGAUAUCUUGCGAAUGCCAAAAAAAAACUUACCUUCGAUGGGGCAAACAUUACGGAAUUCCUGAUAGACUACGAGAAUCUAGCAGCCUUACUGAAAUGGACUGAAGAGGAAAAAAUGGACCACUUAGGACAGCACGUGUCACUGAGCUUAGGAAGGGACAUUAUGGCUAUCGUCGCCUCUAGCGGGUCCUGGAAAGAAACCCGAAAUGAGAUGAUGAGAAAGUACCUGAAGGCGGAAAAAAUGGCAACAGAGGCUGAAUUGGCGGCAGUCCAAAGGAAAAACUAUGCUACUUACAAUGACUUUUUGAGGGCGUUCACGCUAGUGGCAAUGCGAAUCCCCGGGGUAACGGAUCGUAUAAUGAGCAAGUACUUCCUUAGGCAGUUCUCUGAGUUCGACAAGGAUAAGAUUCUGUCGGCUUACCAGCAGACCAGUAAGUUUGAAUACACAAGGGACGUGGAUUUCAGUACGGUAACAGAUCUUGCAGAGAAGACAGUGGUAACGAAAACCCUAACCCUACUUAAGGAAGGGGAGGUUAUAGACCUGACCGGGAAGACGGGGGAUAAGGUCAAGAAGGGAAUAGAGAGCCUGCAUGAAAGGGUGCACGGGGUUGACAACAAGAUGGACAGAAUGAAAAAUGCGCUAUUAGUAAUGCAGGCACAGGUGUCCCGACCCGCCCUCCCGCCCCAAGAGGCCGUAGUUCCGGCAGCCGUAGCUAAUCGGGGAUUUGGUAGGAGGGAUCCGACCAACGAACGAUGCAAGUACUGCACAAUGAUCGAACAUUUCGUGAGGGCUUGCCCAAGACUCAAUCACGACCAGCAAGAGACCGAAGUCGGGGAACAAGAGAAGGUCUAUGGAAAAGUAAGGGAGGAGAACCCGGUAGAUAAAGCUAUGGCGGCAAAGAAGAAGUUCAGGUAUCAAAUUUCAAUCCUGACUUCGCCUGAAAUCGAUGGCACCCUGAGCAAGCUGUUGGGUACCAUGGUAUCAGUGUCUUUUUCGACCAUGCUGCAAGCCAGCCCAAAACUGCUUAAAGGACUCAGGCAGUUGCUAACGCGUAAGCGCGUAGAGGUAGAGGAGAAUCCGGAACCACAGGGGCAGGAGAUGGAAGAGGCAGAGGCACCCCAAGGCGUCUCCAACCUCCAAAGAAUUCUCGAGGAUCUGGAGGACCUGGAAAAGGCCUUUGCAGACAUCCGCCUAAGCUUACCGAACCGAGAAGGAGGCGAAGUCAUGAAGUUUGGGAUAGCAGCAGAGAUCACCGACCUGCUUAGCGGCAAGAUAGAUUCGUUCGUGGCUGAACCCACCGCAUCCCCCUACGCGAACAAGUGGUUCGUUUUCCGGAAGCCCAACAAGACGCUCAGGUGGAUCCAGGACUUGCAGAAGCUAAAUGCGGUAACGAUCCGGGAUGCGGGGUCGCUCCCACAGGCUGACCUACUGGCAGAAUCUCACGUUGGGCGAAGCAUUUACUCCUUAAUAGACCUGUACUCAGGAUAUGACCAACUGCCGCUCGAUGCGAGGGAUAGACCGUACACCGCUAUGCACACACCGGUAGGACAGUUGCAAAUGCAAGUGACUCCUAUGGGAUUCACAAACGCGGUGGAGGAAGCGCAAAGGAGGAUGCUUGUCGUAGCAGGGGAUAUGUUCCCAGAGAAAUGUGAGUCAUAUAUAGACGAUAACCCUCUAAAGGGCGCGCGAGACAAAGAUGAGACAGAAGUCGAGCCGGGCCUACGGAAGUUUGUCUGGGAUCACCUGCAGGAUAUCAAGGACCUACUCCAACGGUUUUUGGUUUAUAACAUCACCGCAAGUCGACCAAAGAGCAUCCUGGCUGUCCCGAAAGUAACCAUAUUGGGGUUUCGCUGUGGAGCUUAUGGGAGGAGACCCGACUCGGCAAAGACGGAUAAGAUUUCUCAGUGGUCGACACCCUUGCGCCCCACGACGGAAGUACGAGCCUUCCUAGGGGUGGUCGGGUUCUGGAGGAUCUUUAUCAAAGGAUUCGCAAAGAUAGCAGAGCCUAUCCGCGCGAUAGGGAAGAAGGCACUAUGGAGUGGACCGAUGAUAGGGAGGCGACAGCCCAGACCCUCAAAGACAUUUUGUCUUCCGAUCAGGUUACCCUAGCAGCACCCUGCUUCGGUGACGAAGUAGGACGGCCCUUCAUCC